UGUUUUAACCUCAAAAACAUUGAUUUAAUGGAUAAAAAUCGUUUACUUUGCAAGUAUAAUGCGUGUACAAUGAUAAUUACCAUCUACUUUUGCAUUAUUGAAGAUAUAAAUAAAUAUUCCAAGCGAUUCCUGGUAGUAAUCGAUUUCUUGCGACGCAGUUCGUGCGAGGCGGUCGACGCGCAGUGAAGAAGCGGACCAGACACGACGUGGUACAGUUACAACAAACAAGAAAGAAAGCGGCGCCGAUCAAGAUCUUGACCAUUGAUAGUUAUAGCAGAGGAAGAAGAAGAAGUGCAUUGCCAUGGGCGUCUUGAGUUCCAAGUGCAGGUCGACGGCGCGUCUUGAUGGCAAAACCGUCGUUAUUACUGGAUGCAACACCGGCAUUGGCAAGGAAUGCGUUAAGGAGUUUUAUCUGCGAGGUGCCAAGGUAAUCAUGGCGUGCCGAAAUCUCGAAAAAGCCACCUCCGCUCAGACAGAAGUGGAAGACGAGUGCAAAAACGCGCCGAAUGUGGGUUCCAUCCAAGUGGUUAAACUGGACCUCACAAGUUUACGCUCCGUGCGUGAAUGUGCGAAGAAAAUCAGCGACAACGAAGAGAAAAUCGAUAUUUUGCUGAAUAAUGCUGGUGUGAUGAUGUGUCCAAAAGAUACGACCGAGGAUAACUUUGAGAUGCAGAUUGGCACUAAUCAUUUCGGGCAUUUUUUGUUUACGCUGUUAUUGUUGCCGAGGAUUAUUGCUAGUAAUAGUCAACCGGCGCGGAUUGUAAAUGUUUCAUCAAUGGCGCAUUGGCGUAUAUUUGGUGGAAAAAUGAAUUUUGAUGAUUUAAACUGGAAAACACGGCGGUACAAUUCAAUUAAUGCUUAUGCUCAAUCCAAACUGGCAAAUGUUUUGUUCACCAAGGAACUGGCACGUAGAUUACAAGAAGCUGGUAUAAAUCAUGUUCACACUUAUAGUCUACACCCUGGCGUGAUAAAAACUGAACUAGGACGUAAUCUUGACCAGACUUUCUUCAAAGGAGUGACAUUUUUGUUUCUUACAUUUACUACGUUCAUGUGUAAGUCACCGCAGCAAGGCGCGCAGACAAGUAUCUACUGCAGUUUAAGUGAAGACUGCGCUAAGGAAACAGGAUUAUAUUAUCAAGAGUGCAGUAAAACAAAUCCUUCCUACAGAGCGAGGAACAAAGAGGACGCAAAACGCUUGUGGGAAGAAAGUUUACUGCUCACUGGAUUGGGACCAGACUAUAAUUUUCUAAAUCCAUAAAAAUUUCAUGCGAAAACGUACGAUUACUCAUAAAGUAUUUCAUGUUUAGUUAAUCUUAGCUUAAAUUUACUAUUGUGGAUGUUUUCGUGUUUGUUUAGUGAUAAUAUUUAGUGUUUUUUCUUUGUGUUUGCGUUUAGUUUACAAACAAUGUGUAAAAAUGUGUUUUUGUUAUUGUUUUCAAAACAGUUUGGAUAAUAUAGGCAACACAUGUAACACAUUAAACAUUGUUUUUGCUGAAAAUCAGUUAUUAAUAACUUUAAAAGUUAAUAUUUGUUGUUAUUCGUUAGAUAAUAAGUAAAAUGUAAGAAUUGAAGUUUAAAAAAUCAAUGUUUUUGAUGUUUUGAAGUGAUUAUUAUCAAUUUUGAUGCAAAAAAUAGGAUAAGAAGUUGAACAUUUGCAAAAUUGUGCAAUAUUAUACAAAAAAGGUUGGAAUGCUGAAUAAAUAACUUCCGGACCUAA